CUUCUGAUUUAAUGUUCCCGCCGUCCUUGCUCUUGUCAAAAUUGUCAACAACUCUAACCAGCAAGUUGCCUCAAAAAAUUCCUGUCCUUUCACCUUAUUUAUUAAUAACAACCCAUGUAAACAUUUCGUGUUGAGUCCCCCCGCUAUGUAGACCCAGUCCGCUAUGAUCGUUGCGCGUGUCGUGCAAAAUCCAGCCUUGCAGAAAUUAUUUCGCCGCUUGUCACUGUCAAAUGGAGAUUUGCAUCUAUCAAAUAAUUUGCACGCUUCAGCCAGUGUGUCAGCUUUGCCCGGCAAAUUCCUUCAACAGGAUCCACAAGUGCCCAUAAAAGCCAGUAGUAGGUCAGUGUCAUUGGGCCGAAAAGUUGAAAAGCUGUUGGUGCGAACAAUGUCGAACGAGGCAACUACGUCGACUUCUAAUGUUGAGCUUCCGAAGCCGAAGGGCAACCGUUUGGCGCUGGAGAAGUCGCCGUAUUUGUUGCAGCAUGCUACGAAUCCGGUGGAUUGGUACCCAUGGGGGGAAGAGGCGUUCGAUAGGGCGAAGAAGGAGAAUAAGCUGAUUUUUCUGUCUGUGGGGUAUUCGACGUGUCACUGGUGCCACGUCAUGGAAAAAGAAUCCUUCGAAAACGACGACGUGGCCAAAAUCAUGAACCAGCACUUCGUCAACAUCAAAGUAGACCGCGAGGAGCGCCCCGACGUCGACAAACUCUACAUGUCCUUCGUGCAGGCCAGCGUGGGGGGAGGGGGAUGGCCAAUGUCCGUCUUUCUCACCCCCAACCUCGAACCCCUCGCCGGCGGCACCUACUUCCCCCCCGAGGACAAAUACGGCAGACCCGGCUUCAAAACAGUACUCAAAAGCAUCGCGGAACAGUGGCGUACCAAACAAUCCGCCAUAGCCAAUUCCGGCAAGUACUCACUCGAAGUCCUCCGCAAAGUGAGCGAGAGGGAAAUACCCUGCAAGCAGAGCAUUAACGUGCCUGGGGACGAAGUCUGGAAGAAGUGUCUUCUGCAGCUGUCUCACUCGUACGAGGACGACUUCGGGGGGUUCUCCGCCCAGCCGAAGUUCCCGCAACCUAGUAAUUUCAAUUUCUUGUUCCAUAUGUACUCGAGGGAUAAGAACUCCGAGCAGGGGUAUCAGUGUCUGCGCAUGUGUUUACACACGCUGAAAAAAAUGGCCUAUGGAGGUAUACACGACCACGUGAAUUGCGGCUUCGCGAGGUACUCGGUCGACGACAGGUGGCACGUGCCGCAUUUUGAGAAGAUGUUGUACGACCAAGGGCAGUUAGCUGUGUCGUACGCGGACGCCUACGUUGUCAGCAAAGACGAGUUCUUCGCGGAAUCUCUAAAAGAUAUCCUCUUGUAUGUAUCUAGAGAUUUGAGUCACCCUCUUGGUGGUUUCUACGGUGCCGAAGACGCCGAUUCGUUCCCCUACGAAGGCGCACCACACAAGCAAGAGGGCGCUUUUUGUGUCUGGGAGUACGACGAAAUCGCGAACUUGCUAGACCAAGACAAAACCGGAGAAAUCUCGCAUCGGGACUUAUUCAUUUAUCACUACAACAUCAAAGAAAACGGCAACGUGAGUCCAGCUCAAGACCCCCACCACGAGCUAAAAAAGAAGAACGUCCUGGUGUGUUUCGGGUCGUACGAAGACACGGCGCGAAAAUUCGAAACUGACGUCGAUCAAGUCAAGAAAAUUCUGAAAACUUGUCACGAAGUUCUCUAUGCUGAGAGGCAAAAAAGGCCGAAACCGCACACCGACACCAAGAUCGUGACGUCGUGGAACGGUUUGAUGAUUUCUGGGUUCGCUAAAGCUGGGUUUGUUUUGAAGAAUCAGGAUUAUAUAAAUCGGGCUAUUUUGGCGGCGAGUUUUAUUAAGAAGUUUUUGUUUAAUGAGAGGGAGAAGACGUUGUUGAGGUGCUGUUAUAGGGGAGAUGAAGGCAAGGUCGUUCAAACGGCUGUUCCGAUUAAUGGGUUUUUGGAUGAUUAUGCGUUCCUAAUUAGAGGGCUUCUGGAUUUGUAUGAGGCGUCGUUGGAUGCGGAUUGGUUGUUGUGGGCCGAAGUUUUGCAAGAACAGCAAGAUCGUCUGUUUUGGGAUGCGAAGGGGUCGGGGUAUUUUACGAGUCCUGAAAAUGAUUCUAGUAUACUAAUUCGAGGAAAGGAAGACCAAGACGGAGCCGAGCCUUGCGGCAACUCAGUCAGCGUCCACAACCUACUCCGCCUCGCCGCCUACUUAGACCGACCAGACCUGCGAGCAAAAGCCGGUCGAACCCUGACAGUUUUUGCCGACCGACUCAAAUCAAUCCCCGUGGCUCUACCCGAAAUGACAUCAGCUCUGCUUCUUUACCACAACUCGCCCACACAGGUAUUCAUUGCCGGCGAAACCGAAGACAACAACACCCAAGCUCUGCUGGACGUGGUGCGAUCGAGGUACAUCCCGGGAAGAAUCCUGGCCGUUACCGACGGUCCCAGCGGCCGCGCGGGCCUAUUAUACCAGCGCCACGAGUCGCUGUCGAGACUCAAACCCAUCCAAGGAAAAUCGGCCGCGUACGUCUGCAGGAACUUCGCGUGUUCCUUGCCGGUGACGGAACCCGAGGAGUUGGCCAAUUCGCUCGACGGGAAAGGGGAAGGGGGGCAAGCCAGCAGCAGUAGUGACGAGGAAUGAAAUUGCUCGUUUUGUUGUAUAUAAAUUUUUGUAGUUUUGAGUUAUGUUGAAAUUUUGCGCGAGCGGAAUGUGUUAAGUUUGUGGUUUUUUGCUUGUUUUUAGUUAAGUGUGGGUGUGGAGGUGAGGGUGGAGAAUGAGGGAAAGGGGACGUAAUUUCAUAGGCUUAAAAUUAUAGGAGGGAAUUUUUACCUACUUCAUUAUGUUUUGUAGAAAUUUAGUUAAAUGGUGCUACUAAAUUCUUUGGAAGGGCGGUGAACAACAAAAAAAAUGAGAUAGAUAAGCAUUUGUGGUUUUUGCUAUGUGAAAUUAUCUGUUAAUGGCACAAUUUAUGUAUGUGCUUUGUUUUUUGGCAAUCGUUGGGCUAACUAGUUUAAAAUAUAAGUCGAAGGUACGAAAAAUCAAUCGGUUUAACUUUACGGUUGAUGCGGACUCGUUUUAGCGAGUUGGUUGCGCAAAAUAUUGUGGCUCGUAGAUGAUAUAAACAUUUUAACUUCAUGGAUGUGACUUUUUUCGAUGGGUGGUGUUCGGGCGCCAGUUUUUGAAAAAGCAUCGGAAUCACUGACAGCUACAUACUAAAGACCAUGUACUUUUCCGAAACGUGCUAGGUAUCUACUUCCUGUUGAUAUCAACCAUCUUUUCUGCCUUGUUGCCAUUUUGUCGCUCUUCCAUAUAGGUCUAAAGAUGUAGUUCUGGUCGCGGCACCAACUGCUACCGAAGAUCUCACAGCUAAGGCGUCAGCGACAUAAUAGACCUGACGUGACCUAACCUGAUCUUUCUUUUUUGUUUUUGUUUUGGAGAAGGGAAAAACUUCAGGUACCUUUGGUUACCGAUAGUGGUUUGUUCGCUGCAAUAAGCUGAGGCCAUCCGGAGGAGUUCCUUCCUCUGACAUCUUAAGACCGUCCUAUACUUCGUGGUUCUUGUAAUCUCAGCCGACCCCGGAGCCGCGAACGGUAGUAUCGAAUGUACGACCCAGCCGAGAAUCUUCAUUGUUCCGCUGCUAGGGAUCUCUUCGCUCGGCAUGUUCCUGGUUACCUUUCUCGAUCUUUCGGUCCCUUGUGGAAGCUUAAUUUCAGUAUGAGCACAGAGCACGCAGCCUUGGGCGACGCCUCUACUUAGUCCCGUCUCUACACUGUCUUCGAAAUUUCCUGCGGCUAUUCUGACAAGGUAUCCUGGAACUCCGAGUGUUUCUGGGGUAUCUGCCAUGGGUCCGAAUUAAAAGCCUUAACGUCGAAGGUUGUCAUGAGACCCAGCGUCUUCGACUUACAGUAUUGAUCCUGUUCGAGUUUCGUCCUCAUUCAGUUCCUGGGAAAGUCCAUCGUUCAGCACUUGUCCCGAUUUUCGUAAGGUAGUUUCCGAAGAUACCGAUGCCCUAGUCAAGGCUUGAGUUGUAUAGUAAUUGAGAGUCCCAUACGUUGCAGAGAUCCAGGGCUCAAGUUUAGGGAUCAAGGAGUAGGUCCACCUUCCUUUCUUGGACCUGUUCCGUUGUUCCUACCAUUUUUGUAGUAUCGUGUCCCGCACCUUCCCUUUCUUCUUUUCUUUUCUUCCUUUUUAUAUCUUCAUCCUUUCCUUUACCAUUACGUCAAAGGGAAUCAACUCCGGUGACACUUGGCCGGCAAUAAUGGAGCCGGUGGGACACAAGCAUAUAACACAGGUGGUGGUCUUUAGUUCGAGUCUAUUCUUUUCUGUUUUUUUUUUUUUUUGUAUCUUCAAGGUACUGUUUGUUAUACGAGUGCUUUUGCCUCAACCCUUAUAACAAUGUCGUCGGCGUACCCCAGCAUGGUAACUCCGGGUGAUUCCAUUGAGUAAGCCCGAAUACCUAUUCUUCUCAGACUGCCGCACUUAUUUGAGGAGAAAUCCAUCGUGGACAUCUAGUGCUGGUACCUCACGAUCAAUUGCACUAGGUAGUACCAGACUCCUACCGGCCAAAACUCCUCCUGGGUUAGUGAGGUCGCUUGGGAACCACCUUUUGGUAUUACUUCCAAGCGCCAGUCUCGAUAGCGAUUUGCAAAUUAUCGGGAGUUUCCACAAUCUCCCUCUUGGUUAUUUCCGGAGAGGAACCGUCAAGGCUUGGCACCUCCCCGUUUUUCAAUUUUUCACAUGCUUUUGGACACAGAUUUUCAUUUGAUAUGUCUGGGCAUUCCAGCUUUUUCCCAAUUUAGCUACGGCUUCCCGGAAAUCAACGAGAUCUGGUUUGAUAGCCUACUUGGCGAACGUACUGUAGUUUCCCUGUCUUUUCAUCUUCAGAGGAUGUGGUGAUGAUCGUUUAGGUUUUCUUCUUCCGAUAGUUCUCUCCAGUUUUCUAUGUAUUUGGCUAUGGUGGUCAUACUCAGUGUGACGUCGACAAACGAACCUUCGCCUGGUACAUAAAAGGUCGGAAUCUUUCCUGCGUUAUGUACUACUAGGUUAAGCGCAGCCCAUUCUGCAAGCAUAGUUCCCUUCUUGUCGUCAUACGGUGAGCCCCAUAUGUAUAUUUAGCAUUCAUAUUUCCAGCGAUAAUGAGAUCUUUACCGGAUAGGGGAACUUCUCCUCGCAGGGUAACCAGGUUGUACGGGGGGGGGGGGGGGUGUUCUUACCUCACUAAAACUCCUCCGUUUUCCUCCUGGAUCUCGCGGUACUGUUUUUACGUUGGUUUUCACUCUUUUCUUUCAUCCUCUUUUGUUCUCAUUAUAUUUCCCAUAUACGUUUGGAUUCUCUACCAGGCUUCGGCUUGCGAGAGCGUGCACUCGACCAAGUUUCCUACUUUAUCUUCUCUUCCAAGGUAUAGUUCUAGCUCUUGCUUUUCCCUGGACCAUCUUGGGGAGCUAAAGAGCGUGUGUUCCGCGUGGUCUGUCGCUGGUUACACGUAUUUCAUGAAGCUUCCAUGACCGGUUAGACCCUGGGUCCUAUAAAAAUCUAUCUCCCCAAAAUUUUUACGGGCAAUCUCUUUUAUUAGUUUACUCGUCCAUUGUGCCUUAUUGGUUGCUUCAUACCAGAUGGGCGCCCCAUAUAGUAUUAUGUAUUGUACUGUUGAAUAUAGCACCCUUUAUUUUUUUUUAGGUCCUCUUAUUUUGGAUAGCAGUGUCCCUACCGCUCCCGCAGUUUUACGAGCCUUUUCUAUCACACUACCGGUUUAGGCACAAUCUUGUUGUGAUCUUAUUCGAAGACCAAGUCUGCGAUAUUCCUUCUAUUCAGAGUAAUGGUUUUAGAUUUUGCCGCUGCCAUACUUUUCUUUAUUCUCAGCCGUGACCACCGCCACCAAAUCGUCAGUGUAGCAGAUUAGGGUAACCUCCUCCGGUACGUCUAUCUUCAUUAGGUCAUCGUACAAUAUGUGGAACGCCUUCUCCCACUUCAGUGACCUUAUUUUCUCUCAAUCCGUAUCUUUAUUUUUGUAAAAUAAUCUUUUAUGGUGUUUUCCUGAUACCUGGAGAUGCUCCUUUGCUCUAGUUUCUCGAUUAUGAUGUCCCAUGGGGCCAUGUUAAAGGCGUUUUGGACGUCUAUAAAGAUCGCUCGCCAUCACUUUGGAUUUCCUUCUGCGUUCGAUUUUUUGGCAAUCCUGACUACGUCCUCUAUCGCGUUUAGUGUCGAACGUUUUUCUCUAAAUCCAUAUUGUUUUUCUGACCUUACAUAACCUGACCUUACCUGACCUUCCAGGUUUUCGUGAACCAGAACUAGCUAUCUCACAAUUACCUUAGGGAUUAGAGCCCAUUGCUUCUGGAUUGCAUAGAGAUACAGAGACAUUUGAGCUUUCAUCAUUCCCGAACGUUCUUCGCCACAGAGUAAACCUUCAAAAUCACACCUGAACUUCUCUUUGGUCGGCGGAACCCGUUCCACAAUAGUGAGGGUGUUUUAUUUUACAAAAAAAACUUCAAGACCUCACUUGGACUUCCACCAUGCGGUCAUGGUACAAUUUUACCAAGGAAGGUCCGGGUCCACAGGUAUAUCUGGUCAUCGUCAGUUGGAAUUCGGGUGGUUUUGAAGGGUUUAUCGUCGAGGGACUAACUAAAGAUCUGGAGAAUUUACCAGGUGGAGGUCGGAUCGGACUGUAUGAGGCAGUCUUUGUUGAUUUUUUGCUGGUCCUCACCUUCACUACUACUGGGUCAACCAUGUGGAUGACUGUGCUCUAAAAUCAAACUCGUACAGCGAUAUAUUUUUUGUAGGUUCUUCAAUUAGAGUCUUUGGAUUGGAUGAUCGCAUUUGAUUUAUUUGUAUGGAGAGCUUUCGAAGAGGAUAGAUUUGGUUAUUUAAUCCGGGACUGGGGGAUUGUCAGUCCCUUUGACUAAUUUAUUUAAUUCUGUUUGUUUCUUUAACUGUGUGAUAUGUUUAUGAAGUCGGCCUGAAUUUGGACUGUGCAUUAGGUGAGAGGAACGAGGGAGUAUUUUAGUGUGCGGCAAUCCUCGAAAUUCUGGAUUUUGGUUAUGUCAAGGUAGUCUUACAGAAAUAAACAAUUAAAUUUGGAGGAAACUAAAACAAAUCGUUGUAAUUGGCAUCUGGAGUUGCAAAACAUGUCGGUCAAUUCCGCACUAUCAAAGCCGUGCGUUUAUUAUAGUAAAAAAAUCAGCGUGCUCCUACGUCCCAGAAACUUAAAAAUGCGCCAUUCUUCACUCUUGGCGGUGGAAUCUAAGCUACUGUUAACGAAACAUACCGAUUUUCUAUUUUGAAAUGUGAAACAUUUGUUAAACUGACCUACCUUGUUCUAAAUAAGAGUCAGUCCGGAUUUGAGACUAUCCAGACCGUUUCCUUACAAAGAGUUUAACGAAAUAAUUAUUACAGCGUAAUAACGUCCCGCCAGAAAGACUUAAUCAAUCGACGAAUCCAAGUUCUAGAAGAUGUCAUGACCUAAACCCGAAGUAGGUAAAAUCGCGAAACCGCGACACUGUCACCAGCGAAGUAAAAAUAGUUCAGCCGGCUUCAUGUUGGUAAAGUGGUUAAAGCCCCUAAGAUCGGGACUUAGAAAAGUAAUUAAGUACCCCCCUAAUACAUCCCGGAGUUGCGUGUCCCCGGCACUAGUUUUAACUUUACCAUAAGUUCGUAAAAUAAGACAAACAUGCGAACCCGUUAUUGACAGAAAGUACGUUCGAAAGGCUCUCAGCCUCUAAGCCUAGUCAUUAAGUUUGAGAAUGCGAAGCGUGUUCUGACCACGAUUGUGAUACUAAUCUCGAAUGUGAUACGCAAGGUUGUCGCGUUUGAAUGCUUCCAGGUUAAUCGAAUAGUGUGACUGUAAAUAUGUUUUUGGCCGAAAUAAAUUAGCAGCAGCCGA